AUGGACGAGGAGUUUUUGGACCGAGUAAUGGGCGCAGAGAAGGGCGUAGGCAAAGUCGACGAUUUCAUCGGUGAAUUGUGGAGAGGUUGGAAGAGAUUGAGAGAAAACGGACUUGCCCAGCCACUACACCUUGGCCUCUUUCGGUCCGAUUAUCUCCUCCACGCGCCUUCAGACCAGCCCUUGUCUAUCAAGCAGGUUGAGUUUAACACCAUAUCUGUGUCAUUUGGUGCUCUAUCGCAAAGGGUUUCCGAACUUCACAGGUUUCUCUUGGCGAGCACAGGCUAUUGUAAUAGUUCCCCCUAUCUGAAGAGAGAAAAUUUCCCAGAGAAUGACACGAUCGCAGGACUAGCCAACGGCCUAGCCGUUGCACACAAGGCGUACAACGUCUCAGGAUCCCGAGUACUUUUUGUGGUUCAACCCGGGGAAAGAAAUGUAUUUGAUCAGAGGGCAUUGCAGUACGAAUUGCUGGAAAAAAAAAGGCACGGAAUCCAUGUUAUCCGCCAAACUUUCGAUGAAUUGGCCACUUCAGCCUCCAUUAAUUCGGAUAGCUCUGCCUUACGGAUAUCAUGUUCUGAGGAUGUCCACCCUUCGAAACAGAUCGAAAUAUCAACAGUGUAUUUCCGCGCAGGGUAUAUGCCUUACGACUAUCCUACUCCAUCUCAUUAUAUCACCCGAUUCAAACUUGAGCAAUCGAAGGCAAUCAAAUGUCCAAGUAUCGCUUUACAGCUUGCCGGUGGCAAGAAAGUGCAAGAGGUCCUUACUCAACCUGGGGUACUCGAACAAUUCUUGGCCGACAAAAAGAAAUACGGUGUAAAUGUGUUCAGUCCUGAGGAAAUUGCAGAACUUCGUGACAGCUUUAUGGGGAUGUGGGGUCUGGAUGUUGGUGAAGAUAUGCUGAAUCCUGACAUUGCUGCUGUACAAGCCGGUCAAGAAGAAUUCGGAGUUCGCAAAGCCAGGUCAGAGGCCUUAUCCUUGGUUCUUAAACCUCAGCGUGAAGGUGGUGGAAACAACGUUUAUAAAGAAUCAAUUCCCGCCUUUCUCGAUACCCUUCCUCCUCAGGAACGUCAAGCAUGGAUUGCCAUGCAGCUUAUCAAAUCACCGGAAAAUACUGGAAACUAUCUCAUUCGAGCUGGUGGCCUCGAUCUAAAAAGUCAAAUGCCGGUCAAGGCCGAUGUAAUCAGCGAACUGGGAAUUUUUGGUUGGGCGCUGUUUGGCCAAUCAGUGGAUACACAAGAAGAAGAAGUCGGGUGGUUGAUGCGCACGAAAGGAAGGGACAGCAAUGAGGGUGGCGUUGCGACUGGAUUUUCUGUACUGGACUCGCUCGUGUUAGUUGAUUGA